AUGAGCAGCAAUGCGUUAAAAUACCAAGGUUGCCUAUCAAUAGCCGGCAUUCGACACAAUUGCUUGCGAGGCAUACAAGCGGCUCCCGUCAUUCUCUUAUGGUUGGUGUUUGGUUGGUGCUUUUGGGCCUAUCUCAUUCGGCUGUGUGGCGGUCUCUUGCACGAUGGCCAUUUAGCACAAGGCAUCCUGUAUAUCGUAUUUUUCCAGCCGCUUUUUAUCUUAUGCAUAUGGAGUUUUUGGAAAGUGACCAACACACCUCCCGGUCGACCUGCCGAUAUCAUUCGAGAUCAAGACCUUGAUGACCGAGAAGAUGUACAGCUUUUGAAUCAUCAGCAACCACAGCCUGAAGAUGACGCACAGCAGGAGGGUGAUGAAGAAGAAGGUGGCGUUAGUCGUACAAGUGUUGCUAUUCUCGAUGUGGGAGCAGCCAAUGAAUCCAGGGUCAGCUUGGCCCGUGCCUCAACUUCCAAUGAUGCUGCUGUCAAUAUGCGAAACGUUUAUCCUCUCAUUACUGUCAAGCGGAGUGGUGCCAAGAGAUUCUGUAAGAAAUGCCAAAUCGAGAAAUUCGAUCGUACGCACCAUUGCAGGAUAUGCAAAAGUUGCACAUUGAAGAUGGAUCAUCAUUGUCCAUGGGUGAACAAUUGUGUCGGGUUCUUCAACUACAAGUUCUUUUAUCUAUUUAUCCUUUAUGCAUCUCUUCUUUGCCUAUACGUAUUCCUCACUACAUUACCCCCUACCAUCGACAUGGUGAAUGGACCAAUGAGUAUAUUUGGUCUUGAUUUCAAUUGGCCUCUGCUGCUCUUUAUUUCUGGCAUCUUCGGCUUAUUCCUAUUACCAUUCACAAUAUUCCACACACGGCAAAUCGUCAAGAAUCGAACGACUAUUGAGACGUACGAGAAAGCCAACUUCAAGAUGGGACGUAGCAGGAAUGGACGUGUUGAUAUCAUGCGUAAUCGACAUUUCAAUCCAUGGGACUUGGGCUACAAGCAAAAUUUCAAGCAAGUGAUGGGAGACAACCCUAUGGCCUGGUUUCUACCAAUGGGACGACCACAAGGUCAAGGCAACUACUUCCCGAUCAAUGAAUAUGCAUACAAUACCCUUUCGACAGAACCAGAUGAUCAAUUUGAAACUUUUUGA